AAUCACCGCAUUCGUGGGCAAGUCUGGGGGAGUUUCCUGGUGCGUGCCAGGAAUUACAUAGAAAUCUCUGAACUCACUUUGUCAUCUAGGCUAAAUGUCGUUAUCUGUGUACUUGUGCAUAGUCACUGCAUCGAAUUAUUUGUAAGAUUGGAACAUAAUUAUUUCCUGGAUUCACAUUAGGUGUAUUUAUUGAAAAUAUAAAUGGAGGAUAAAGGGGAGAACGGACAAGCUGUAAAAUACUACCGACUGUCAGAAAUCGAGGAACAGAAUACGUUCAAGAGUACAUGGAUUAUAAUCAACUUUAACGUCUACGAUGUCACCAAAUUUCUGGAAGAGCACCCAGGUGGAGAGGAGGUCUUGAGGGAACAGGCGGGUGGCGAUGCCACGGAGAGCUUUGAAGACGUCGGGCACUCAUCGGAUGCCAAGGAGAUGGCUGCCAACAUGGUCAUUGGAGAACUGCAUCCAGAUGAUCGGCCAAAGAUGGCCAAACCUUCAGUGUCACUUGCCACCACAAUCGAGGAAACCUCAAGUUGGUGGACAACCUGGUUGAUCCCCUGUUUGGCUGCGGCAGUUAUCACAGUUAUGUACCGCAUGUACACGGCCGUGGAGCAGUGACCGUGCCAUCGGUCCAUCACCUUUGCCAAUCAAAUGUAAAUCACAAUCACUGGCUACAAAAUUACCACUACAGAGUCUGCAUUUGACCCCUGAGAAACCACUGCUAGUUUUGGGGGGAUUUGCACAGCUCAUAUGCAGCAUUGCAAUAUCCAUGAUUAAUUUAAUGUUUUUCAUCCAAUCACUCGGCAUCAUGAUAAUGAAGGCAUAUACUUUUGUUAUUGUGUUAAUCUUACCUUUCCUCUCCUGAUUUACAUAAUGAUAUUUUAUACAGAUUAACAUGAAUGUAUUCAGAAUAUAAAAUUGUUAUGUUAUUGUAAUAUCUUACUAUUCACUAUUACUCGAACGUACGGUAACCCUGCGAUUGAAUCUGAAAAUUGCAGUUUAGCUUAAAAGAGCAGGCUACAUCUUACCUGUGCAUAGCUAGACUGAAUUUACCUUCAUUUUGGAACGGAACUAAUGAGUCUGCAGCUCAACCCACUGCCAUUUAAAUUCAAAGGUCAGGUUACAUAAUGUUUUGCAUUAGCUGUCUUGUUUUAAUCAAUAUGCAUAUAGCAAGAGACAUGCUUUAAAUUGCACAAUGUAUGUCAGUAGAGUACUGUGUGCAUAAUAUAUGCUAUAAAGAGUGAAUGAGUUCAAUAUGCAAAACUGUAGACCCAAUGGUCCCACAUUUCUGGUGCCAUUGGUAUCAACAUUCCAUAGACCAAGUAGGCCAAAAGCUUGCAUUGUGCAACAACUAAGUGGGGAUUAAGUUGACCCCAUGUGACUUCCCUUGAACCAUACAAUGUGUUUUUUGAAAUGGAAAAUAUCCUGGUUGUCCCUACUUGCUGCUAAUGUGUGUAAGAAGCUCACCACUGAAUUCUCUAAUCGACAGUCCAAUCAAAUGUAAUUGUACAGCAGACGUUUUUUUUUUCAAUAAAAUGAUUAAUAAAAGUGUUACAGUUGUCUAAUUUUACCAUAAACAAUUGUGCAGUGGUACACAGUGGGUAUUAAACCAUCAACGUAUGCUAAUUUGUCACAUGCCUAACUUUAUCACACUGAUUAAAUAUUCUUUUUGCAAAACCAA